AUGUCGGAGCGGUACUCGGACAGCUCCUUGGAGGACAAGCUUCUGGAACACCGCUUCCACUCAGAGCUCCGACUUGAUGCCAACGGGAACCCAGCCCCCGGGCUCCCCAUGGUGCGGGGUUCCCUGCAGGUCAGGGCCAAUGCUGCCUUCCAGUCCGAGGCCCCAGCACCCCCAGGGGACGAGGAGUCACGGCCUGUUGUUCUGAGCACACAGAGCCCGGUGGCCCUCAAGAUGGGCACCCAGCAGCUGAUCCCCAAGAGUCUGGCUGUGGCCAGCAAGGCAAAGACCCCAGCCCGUCACCAGAGCUUUGGGGCAGCGGUGCUCAGCAGGGAGGCUGCCCGGCGGGGCCCCCCGCUCCUUGCUGUCCCCAGCUUCUCCCUGGAUGACAUGGACAUGGACAUGGACUCAGGCCCCGGGGGGAUGCUGAGGCGGAACCUGCGGAACCAAUCCUACCGGGCCGCCAUGAAGGGCCCGGGCCAGCCAAGCAGCCAGGGGGAAUCCGUCCAGCUGAGCCCCAAACUCCAGGCUCUAGCUGAGGAGCCCAGUCGGCCUGCCCGGUGCCCAGUGAAAAAUAAGAGGACGCUGGGGCGGAAACGUGCACAUAAAGGCUCCUUCAAGGAUGACCCCCAGUUCUACCAGGAGAUCCAGGAGCGUGGCCUGAACACCAGUCCUGAGUCUGAUGAUGAUGUGCUUGAUGACCCCACCAGCCCAGAGGGGACUCGAAAGGUGGACUCCACCAUUGUGGUCAAAAGCUACCGGCCCGCCCAGGUCACUUGGAGCCAGCUCCCAGAGGUGGUGGAGUCAGGAGUCCUGGACACGCUGCCAGCUGAGGAACGCAAGAGGCAGGAGGCCAUCUUCGAGAUCCUCACAUCCGAGUUCUCCUACCAGCACAGCCUGAGUGUCCUAGUGGCCGAGUUCCUGCAGUCCAGAGAGCUGCGGGCAAGCAUGACCCAGACAGAGCACCACCACCUGUUCUCCAACAUCCUGGACGUCCUGGGCGCCAGUCAGAAGUUCUUUGAGGACCUGGAGCAGCGGCACAAGGCCCAGGUGCUGGUGGAGGACAUCAGCGACAUCCUGGAGGUGCACGCCGAGCAGCACUUCCACCCCUACGUGGCCUACUGCUCCAACGAGGUGUACCAGCAGCGCACCCUGCAGAGGCUGACGAGCAGCAGUGCCACCUUCCGCGAGGUCCUACGGGAGAUCGAGAGGCGGCCCGCGUGUGGGGGCUUGCCCAUGAUCUCCUUCCUCAUCCUGCCCAUGCAGAGGGUGACCCGGCUGCCCCUCCUGACGGAUACACUCUGCCUCAAGUCCCAAGGCCACCCUGAGAGGUAUCAGGCUGCUAAUCGUGCAUUAAAGGCCAUCAGCAAGCUGGUGAGACGGUGCAACCAGGGUGCCCACCAGAUGGAGCGCACAGAGCAGAUGUACACACUGCACACACAGCUGGACUUCGGCAAGGUGAAGUCCCUCCCGCUCAUCUCCGCCUCCCGCUGGCUGCUUAAGCGCGGGGAGGUCUUCCUGGUAGAAGAGACUGGACUUUUCCGGAAACUUGCCAGCCGGCCCACAUACUAUCUCUUCUUGUUCAACGAUGUCCUGGUGGUGACCAAGAAAAAAAGCGAGGACAGCUACGUGGUCCAGGAUUACGCUCAAAUGGAGCACCUCCGGGUCCAGAAGAUGGAGCCCUCAGAGCUGCCCCUGCUGGGGGGUGGCAACCGCAGCUCGUCCGUGCCCCACCCCUUCCAGGUGACGCUGCUGCACAACAGUGAGGGGCGCCAGGAGCAGUUCCUGCUGUACUCGGACUCUGCGAGUGACCGGGCCCGGUGGAUAAUGGCGCUCACGUACGGGGAGAGACAGGGGCAAGGCCCUACCAACAAGGGAGACCUGCCCCAGGUGGAGGUCACCAAGGCCUUCUUCGCAAAGCAAGCAGAUGAGCUCACACUGCAGCAGGCAGACGUGGUCCUGGUGCUGCAUCAGGAGGACGGGUGGCUCUAUGGUGAGAGGCUUCGGGACGGAGAGACAGGCUGGUUCCCUGAAGACUUUGCCCGCUUCAUCACCAGCCGCAUGGCUGUGGAGGGCAACGUACGCCGGAUGGAGCGUCUGCGGGUGGAGACGGAUGUGUAG